UUGUUGUUUGGUUCUUCUUGUGUGCUGUUUUGAAUUCUUAGCUGUUGAGACGGGUUUUCGUUUCAGUCAGUUGUUUGUGAACCGUCGUCGUGUUUGUGUUGAAUUGUAAACUUGUUCCGUUGGUGCGUUGAGGAUAAAUUGGUGACCCUCACUUUGUUUGAAGACACACAAAACUAGUCACAUACAUAAAUUGUGUACGAAAAAUAAUAUAUUAAUACAUCGGCUUCAUACAGUCUACAGUUCCCCCUCUCAGUCAUAAUAAAUAUUCGUAUUAUUAUUUUUGCGUAUACAAAACAUUGUGCAAAUGUUUUUUCAUAAGUGCACCACCAGUGCGGCGGUGGUGUCGCGGCUGCAGGCACUUCUUGUGUUGUGCAUAGCGCUGCCAACACUUGCUCACUCGACCAUUUUGGAAAAGUUAAGAGAUGAUCCGGAUCUAUCACAGUUUUACAGUUUAUUGGAGCAAAAUGUAGUGGCAAACUAUACAUUAUCGUUACGUUCUUGCACUUUAUUCGUGCCCACAAAUGAAGCAUUUCAAAGGCAUCAUGGCAACACACAUGUGUUAUAUCAUAUAGCAACGGUCGCCAUGAGUCAGGACCAGCUGAGUAAGACAAUUAUUACAGAUAUGGACGGUAAUCCUCCAUUGUACGUUACAAAAAAUCGUAAUGGUGAUGUUUAUAUCAAUAAUGCACGCAUAAUUCCUUCCUUGAGUGUGGUGCUCUCAAAUGCAGCCGGAAAACGUCAGGUUAUGCAUGUAAUUGAUGAGGUCUUGGUACCAUUGACUACGCUAUCAACAACCAAAACAGAUAUCAUCAAUCCGGAUGCUUUUCAAUUUUUGCAACAAGCCGAUUUGCUGAACAUUGGAGAGAAUCGUUUAAGAACCUAUCGUUCUCAAGUCACUGUUAUGCGUAAGGAAAGCUUAUAUCAAUCACCAGGUUAUCACACUUUUCUAAUACCUGUCGAUGAAGGAUUUAAGCAAACCACACGUAGCAGUUUAGUGGAUAAUAAGGUUAUCGAUGGACAUGUCAUACUUAAUAAUGUGAUUUUUACAUCUGCUGCCCAAAUGGAAACUCCACAAACCACUGCCGCUUUUGAGGAUAAUCUUAAAGUAACCGUCAGUUUUUAUGAAUCCAAUGGCAAAGUUUAUGCUAAAUCGAAUACAAUAAUCGGUGAUGGAAAACAUGCUUCCGGUGUUGUUUUGGCUGAAAUAGUGAAAGCUAAUAUACCAGUACGGAAUGGCGUUGUACAUUUGAUACAUCGUCCACUUAUGGUUAUUGACACUACCGUAGCUCAGUUCUUACAGUCGUUUAAGUUAAUGGACGACAACGAAAAUGGUGCUUUACGCAAAUUCUAUGAGGUCAUCAUGGACAUCGGCGGUGAGGUUUUGGAUGAUAUUAAUAAUAUGGGAGAAGUUACAAUACUAGCACCUAGCAAUGAUGCCUGGAACGCAUCCUCUCUUAACAAUAUUAUAAGGAAUCGUGAGAAAAUGCGACAAAUUAUAAAUAUGCACAUCAUUAAAGAACGUUUGAAUGUGGAGAAGAUACGCCAAAAGAAUCAAAAUAUGAUUGCACAAGUACCUACUGUAGACAACAAAACAUUUUUGUAUUUCAACAUAAACGGUGAGGGCUCAAAUCAAACGAUAACUGUUGAAGGCGGUGGAGUUAAUGCUACUUUAGUGCAAGCCGAUGUAACACAAACCAAUGGCUAUGUUCAUAUCAUAGACAAAGUGCUGGGAGUACCCUAUACCACUGUGUUUGGUAAAAUCGAAAGUGAUCCAAUGUUGAGUGAUACCUUUAAGCUCGGCCAGUUUUCAAACUUUAACGAACAGUUGAACAAUACUCAGCGCAGAUUUACUUACUUCGUGCCACGUGAUAAGGGCUGGCAGAAGACUGAAAUCGAUUUACCAUCUGCACAUAAGAAACUAUUUAUGAAAGAUUUUGCUUAUCAUUCCAAGUCCAUAUUGGAACGUCACCUUGUAAUUGCGGAUCGGGCAUUUACUAUGAAAGACUUAGUUGCAAUGACCGCUGAGAGUGAUUCUAUUGUGCUGCCAACAUUUAGAGAUUCUCUUAAAGUUAAAGUUGAAGAGGAAGCGGGUCAUCUUCAUGAUGAAUAUGCUUCACAUGAAUGGACCGGCUAUGUGAUCAUUUGGAACUAUAAAAAGAUAAACGUUUACCGACCAGAUGUGGAAUGCACAAAUGGAAUUAUACAUGUUAUAGAUUAUCCAUUACUUGAGGAAAAGGAUGUUGUUGUUGGAGGUAUCGGAGGUAGCUAUCAGAUACAAGAAAACAUCUACAUACUGUUAGCAAACAUAUUUAUGUUAGCAAUAGCAAAGUUUCUAUACUAAAGUACCAAAUUAUGUAAAAAUUGAACGAAAUUUUAAGACCACUACAAUUUCAUAAAACAAAAUCCACAGCCACCACAUCGCAAUUGCUAUCGCCAAAACCAUCGCCACAGCCACAAUCACAACGUUUAUUGAAUAUAUAAAUAUAUACAUACUAUCUUUGUAUGUUCAACUAUUUAUAAAAUAAUCACUUACUACUCUCUCUUCUUAUAUACAAAAUAUGAAUUUAAUUAGUAAUUGCCUUGCCUUAAUACUUUUAACUUAAUUUAUGUUUGUUUGUAAUUACGUUAAAUUUUUUAUCAUAAUUGUAUUAUUUUAACUUUUAUAUAUUCAUGUGUAAAUUAAUUUGCAAACUACAGGGUGUGUUAAACUAGUUAAAUAUACAUAAACAUAUAUAUAUUAUUUAUAUAUUUAAGAUUUGUAACUUUGUGUGAUGGUGCAAGUUCUUUAGCAAAAAAGUGUCUUUUAAAUUUUAAAUGACACACCCUGUUUAGUAGCAAUUUGUAUUUUACGAAUUUGUUUACAUUCCAAUUAGUUUUAAUUGUACAAAAAUUUUUUUUAUAUAAAAUUUAUUUAAUUAUUUUCAAUUUAAUUUUACGUAAACUCUUUUAUAUACGAUUAAAUCUCUUUUUGUAUUAUUUUUUAUUAUUUAAUCGAUAUAUCAAAAUUUUAAAACAUCACAUUGACACAACCUAAGAUAAAAAGUAACUCUCUCUUAAUUAAAUACGCCCGAAUAAAUUAAGUUUAAAUAUUAAUUUUAAAUAUAAAGACAAAAAACAAAAAAAAAAUAAAUUAAUUAAAACAAAUCAUUUAAAAAUGUAUUAAAUGCAUGAGGAUAUAUACUCAAUACUUGUACAGUGAUAAACUUCCUUUGCGAUUUGUGUUCAUUGACCAUGUGUGUAAAAUUUUCACAAAUAAAAUGUUAUAUAUACAAAAUUUUAAAAAUUUAUAUAUAUUAAAUU